AUGGAAUCUCGACAAUCAGCAACAGAGAUUAUAGAUUAUGGUUUACGAUUGCUAUUACCUUAUGAACAAGACAAAGAGUUGGCAUUUAGACAUUUAGUUUCAUACGAAGCCAGAAAUUAUGAUUGUUCAAGCGUUUUUUCUAAUGUUUUGAACUAUAUACCUUUUUCUCACGAAGAUAAAAUAAGAGAUAGAAGGUUUGUCGGUAUUUUCUGUGAAAGAUAUCUUGAUGAUUUCUCUCAUUUAGAACCAAAUUUAAAGAAUCAUUUAAUUCAUGAAUAUGAGGAGGCAAAUCCUCAAUUACGAGCUAUUAUUACAAGACAAAUAGGAAGAUUAAUAACUGCAUCUACAGCUGACUCUUUAAUUCCAUUUGUUGUAAGAUCUUGCGAUUCUAAUGAUCCAUACGUUAGAAAAUCAGCUGCUUUGGCAAUACUUUCUAUAUAUUUGUUUAAGCCAUCAUAUUUGCAGAAAUAUAAACUUGAUAUCCAGCUUAAAAGACUUGUCGAAGAUAUGAAUCCAAAUGUUGCUGCAAAUGCAAUUUCUGCACUAAACGAAAUAAAUAGAACAAGUUCUUCACCAGUUUUCGAACCUUCGGAAAGUACAAUCAAUAAUUUACUUGCAGCAAUCGAUCAAUCUACAGAAUGGUCUCAAGUUGAGAUAUUAGAUUAUGUAGCCAAUUACAGACCAGAAAGCACUGAUGUUGCUCAUAAUAUUAUAUCAAGAGUUUCAACAAGGUUAAAUCAUUUGAAUUCUGCCGUUGUUCUUUCCGCCAUUCGCUGCUGCUUGCAGAUGAACAGCUUUAUUACAGAUCCAUCGAAAGUUCAUGAGACAUUGAUGAGAGUUGGACUUCCUUUAGUUUCAUUAUUGAAUAAUAUUCCUCAAAUUCAAUAUUCGGCUAUCAAGUCAAUAUACAUAUUGGCUCAGAAUUACAGAAAGCUCUUUUCUUCCGAAGUUGCCAUUUUCUUUUGCAAAUAUGAUGAUCCAGAGUAUGUAAAACUGGCAAAACUCGAUGUAAUUCUUGCGAUGUGCAACUCAGCAAAUGUUGGAAAAGUCCUUGCAGAACUCUAUGAAUAUGCACAGCAAGAAGAUAUUGAAUUUGUCAGAAAAUCAAUUUCAGCAAUAGGCCAAAUUGCAAUAGAAUUCGAAGUUGCCGCUCCUUCAUGUGUUGAUAAAAUCGUUGAGCUUGUCAAGAACAAGAAAGAUUAUGUAAUUCAAGAAUGCAUAAUUGUAGCAGCAGAUAUUUUCAGGAGAUAUCCAAACAAAUAUCUAGGAAUACUUGCUCCUAUAUGUGGAGCUCUUGAACACAGGAUUGAUAAUCACCGUGCUAAAGCUGCAAUGGCUUUUAUCAUUGGAGAGUUUUGCAGUAAAAUAGAAAAUGCUGGAGAUAUAUUAGAAGUAAACUUUGUUGAUGGAUUUCUUGAAGAUACAUAUGAUGUACAACUUGCUACUUUGACUGCUGUUACUAAAUUCUAG